CGCAGUACACCGGCACCGUCGCCAUGUUCGCGCCGCCCGCCCGCCCGCCGCCCGCGCUGCGCUCCGGGUCGGGCCGGGCGGGCCGGGCCGGGCGGGGGCCGGGCGGGCCGGGGCCGGGGCCGGGGACGGGCCGGGGGAGCACGACAGCCCGCGCGUACCCGCGGCGCGUCCACACAAAGCGGGGCGCGCGCAGGCCCGGGAGCCGCCCGCCGGCCCGGGGCGCAGGGCGCGAGUGUGCGCGGGGCCGGCGUGCGGGACACAAAAGGGAAUGGACGCGCGGGGGCGGCGAGCGGCGGGCGGGGAGCCGCGGCCCCACCGAAGGGACCCCCGGCCGCCGAGCGGCCUCUACGUCAGCGCCCCGGGUGGCGCCGCCUCCGCCUGCGGCCUGGCCGCCGCUCCUGCCGCGGAAGGCGGGCCGGGGACCUGCCCGGGAGAAGUGAUCGUCACCCAGCAUUUAUCGGGUGCACUGUGCUCAGUUCUUCCCAGACCGGACCACUCUCACCAGCUGCUUCCAAAGCACUUAGAACCUCCCCUGGGUGGUGAGUACACAGUCAGCACUCACAUAACACCGUGGGUGUUACUGCUGCCACUUUGGAGAUCAGUAUCUAGAUGGGUGUCAUGGCUGGGUAGGAUUGGUGCCAUUUCCAGAAGUGAAAACUGAGGCUCAAAAGAGUUAAAAUGCUUCAUGAAGGAGGUCAGCUGGCUGGUGAGGUGGGGGAGCAAGACAGGAACCCAGGCCAAACCCAAAGCCUAUGCUGCACCCCCUGGCCACCCUCAGGGAGCCCUAAACACACACAACAGCUGGGAGCCUGUAAUCCCACCCGUGGUUCACUGCUGACACUGGAGAACGGACCUGCAUCUGGAAGUGUCAGUGAGACUCUGCUGUUAUUCAGAGCUCUUCCACGGCUGUCUGCUGACCACAGACUGAAAUAAGCCCAGACAUGGGUCCCAAGCUCUCCCUCUAUUGGGCUUCUUCUCUCUAUAACUUUCCUGUUCUCUCCCAUCAGAGAGUUUUCCUCUUCUCCAGGUUCACCCUCAUUUCUUCAGCAGGUCUGGAGCACCUGCGUGUGCCCAGCAGUGCUGUAGCUGCGUGGUGGCCCCUGUGGAGCUUGUACUGCAGUAAAGGGAGACCCACACAUAUGCAAGUACUAGUGGACUGGGUGCCACCAUGUCCUUAGGACACCAGCCCAGGGUGGGCAGUGGACAGAGGUGACCUGGGAGCAGAGGCCUGGACCAGGCAAAGCCACACAGAAGGGAGAGACGGCAAAGGGAACUUCCUCAUAGGGAUCCAGAAAGGAAGGGGCUGGUGGCUUCAGAGACCCAGGUGUCCUCUCUGGCCAUAGGCAUACCUGGAAUUCUGCUGCCCUGAGCGUGGUGGCCGCUCCACAUGAUCUGCCAUUGCCUCAAUACCCACCCACCAAGUCUGCUCCAUCCCCCAGGGCGCAGCACCCGGGAUUCUUUGAGCAUCUAGACCAGCCGUGGACAAACUACUGCCCGCGGGCUGGAUCCUGCCCGUUUGAAAUGAAUAAAACUAAAAAAAA